UUCCGGGACGUGCGCGCCGCGUGGAUGGAAGAGCGCGCACGCAGGGCGGGGCGUGCGGGGGCGCGCGCGUGCGCAGGCGACGCGCCGAGGGCCAAAAGGCAGAACCGCGGAAUCGCCGCCAGGUCCGCUCUCCGGUCCACGCCGCUAGUCGCGCCGCCCGCCCCGCGUCCGCCCCGCCGCCAUGGGAGUGCAGGUGGAGACCAUCUCCCCCGGAGACGGGCGCACCUUCCCGAAGCGCGGCCAGACCUGCGUGGUGCACUACACCGGGAUGCUUGAAGACGGAAAGAAAUUCGAUUCUUCCCGGGACAGAAACAAGCCCUUUAAAUUUGUGCUAGGCAAGCAGGAGGUGAUCCGAGGCUGGGAAGAAGGGGUGGCCCAGAUGAGUGUGGGUCAGAGAGCCAAACUGACUAUCUCUCCAGACUAUGCGUACGGAGCCACUGGGCACCCAGGCAUCAUCCCACCAAACGCCACUCUCGUAUUUGACGUGGAGCUUCUAAAACUGGAAUGACAGAAGUGGCCUCCUCCCUUAGCUCCCUGCUCAUGGAUCUGCCAUGGAGGGAUCUGGUGCCUCCAGACGUGCGCACACAAAUCCAUGCGGAGCUCUCCUGACGUCCCACAACACUGUAUAAACACCUACCCUGCCUGAAUGUGUCUGUCACUCAGCUUCGCUCUGACACCUUCGUUUCUUCUCCCCCUCUCUGUGUACGUGUGUUUACCUGAACUAUAUGCCAUAAACCUCAACUUACUCGUUUUAUUUUGUCUUCAUUUUGGGGUGAAGAUUCAGUUUCAGUCUUUUGGAUCUAGGUUUCCAAUUAAGUAUAUUGUCGAGUAUUAACAGCACAAGUGAUGGGUUAACUUUAGAAUAGGAAUUGGUGUUGGGGGGUGGGGGUUGCAAGAAUCUUUAUUUUAUUUUUUUGAAUGAAAUUUUUAUUAUAUAUUAAAACAUUCUUGCUGCUGCGCUGCAAAGCCAUAGCAGAUUUGAGACGCUAUUGAGGGCUGAAUUCUAAUGUAUGAGAUAUUCUUUGGUUAAAUUAAAAGCCCUACCCAAAACUGAAGUGGGGAGGGGGAGAGCCUUUGCCUCCAUCAGCCCCUCCCCCACCCCUGAAACCCUCUGCCUUUUAAAGCAGAUCAUUUUCACUGCAAUGUAGGACACUACAGGUAUCUGUCCUUGGGCCAGCAGGGACUCUGAAGCCUUCAUGACCUGAUUUGAUUUUGUUUUUUGUUUUUCCAUCAUGGUUUUUCUAGUGAAUUUUCAGGACUUUUAUAAUCUCAUAAUUAUCCAAGUUCCACUUCCUAAAUUUUAAGAACUUUAAUUGAAAGUUUAAAUUGAAGGUGCUGUUUGUAGACUUACCACCCAGUGAAAGUCCAGCCAUCAUGACAAAUCCUUGAGUGUUCUCUAUGAAAAUGAUGCUGGUCAUCGCAGCUUCAGCAUCUCCUGGGUUUUGAUGCUUGGCGCUCUGCUGAUAGCAGUUUCCUGGCUUUUUCCUCCCUUGGCUCCUCACCCUUUGCUGUCCUGUGUAGUGAUUUGGUGAGAGAGACUGUUGCUUUGUUCCUCCCCUCCCCACCUGCACCACAAAUGAGUUUCAAGUUUUAUUAUUGCAAUAAAAGUGCUUUAUGCUGGCUUUUCUCAG